UUUAGCUUCUGUUCAUUUGAGCAAGAGGACUAAAGCAAACAUGCGUGCAAUUACGAACCCUUCCUCCCUUAUCCACCACCACCCCGCCGUCGCGUCGGCGGUCCUCCGCUCCCUCCGCCACCGUUUCGCCACCUUCUCUCCGACUCUCGUCAAAGUCAAAGCUCAGUCCAAUUACACCUCCUGUGCUGAACUCGAUAACGCCCGAACGGGUCGAUCCGGUUCGCUCGCUGCCCCUCCGGUCCAAUUCGACGCUACGCAGAAAAUCGAUGUCAAUCCUCCCAAAGGAACCCGAGAUUUCCCUCCCGAAGAAAUGCGCCUCCGCAGUUGGCUAUUCCACAAUUUCAGGGAGGUUUCACACUCGUUUGGCUUUGAAGAGGUUGAUUUUCCGGUACUGGAGUCAGAGGCACUGUUUAUUAGGAAAGCUGGGGAGGAAAUUAGGGAUCAGCUUUACUGUUUUGAGGAUCGUGGAAACCGUAGAGUUGCAUUAAGGCCGGAACUUACCCCUUCCCUGGCAAGGCUAGUGAUACAGAAAGGAAAAUCUGCAUCUCUUCCACUGAAAUGGUUUGCUAUUGGACAGUGCUGGAGGUAUGAACGGAUGACUAGGGGACGACGGCGCGAACAUUACCAAUGGAACAUGGAUAUUAUUGGUGUACCUGGUGUUACAGCUGAAGCAGAGCUGAUUUCUUCUAUCAUUACCUUUUUCAAGCGCAUUGGAAUUACAGCAUCUGACGUUGGGUUUAAAGUGUCUAGUCGGAAGGUUUUGCAAGAAGUACUGAGACGAUAUUCCGUACCAGAAAAUUUAUUCGGCAGGGUUUGUGUUAUAAUAGACAAGUUGGAAAAGAUUCCCAUAGAUGAUAUCAAGAAAGAGUUGAUGUCCGCUGAAUUGUCAGAAGAGGCGGUUGAAGAACUAUUGCAAAUUCUUUCAAUGAAAUCAUUGACAGAGUUGGAAGAGAAACUUGGAGAUUCAGUAGAAGCACUUGAAGACUUGAAGAAACUAUUCUCACUUGCUGAAAAGUACGGUUACUCUGAGUGGAUCCAGUUUGAUGCAUCCAUUGUACGUGGCUUAGCCUAUUACACUGGAAUUGUUUUUGAGGGAUUUGAUCGAGAAGGGAAACUGAGAGCUAUUUGUGGCGGUGGAAGAUAUGACAGAUUACUCUCUACUUUCGGAGGUGAUGAUAUCCCAGCUUGUGGCUUUGGAUUUGGUGACGCUGUUAUUAUAGAACUGCUAAAGGAGAGAGGACUUCUACCGGAACUUAGCCCUCAAAUAGAAAACAUCGUCUGCUCAUUGGAUCAGGACCUGCAAGGUGUAGCAUCUUUAGUUGCUUCAAGGCUUAGAGAAAAGGGUCAAAGUGUUGACUUGGUUCUUGAAAAUAAACCACUUAAAUGGGUGUUUAAAAGGGCAGCACGAAUAAACGCGCAGAAACUGGUAAUAGUGGGAAGCGCAGAGUGGCAAAAAGGUAUGGUUCGUGUCAAAAUUCUUUCGUCUGGUGAACAAUAUGAGAUUAAAGUUGAUGAACUUGAAUAAUAGUUUCGUAUGAUUUACUCGAUAUAUGACAUACCUUAAUUUAUGACCUCCCAAUUUUAUUCUAUUUACGUUUUUUUUUGUAGUAUUCGUGUAGAAGUAUUAUUUGUUUUCUAGCUGUAUAUUUAGCCAUGGCAGUUUAUAGACGGGGUUUACUAAAUUCGAUUUAGCAUGGAAUAAACCGUUUAUUUUCGUUACGAUUAAUUUAAAUUC